AGAGGAGGCGGCGGCAGUGGUGGAAGAAGAGGCGGCGGCGGCGGGGGUAGGGAACCUGGAAACGCGAACGGGGAUGGUAGGUGGUUUGGACCCGCCGAGCCGCCGUCGUUUCCAGAAAGGGUUUGACUGGAGGAACCUCUGGAGCAGCUGUUGGCUGGCUCCUCUGGCUGAUGGCAUGUUGAGGUACAUGGGCCAGUGGCAGCGAGGGCAUCCAAUCCAGAGGGGGCCACUCUAGAGGCCAGGCCACCACCACCAUGGGCCAGUGUGUCACCAAGUGCAAGAAUCCCUCAUCAACCUUGGGCAGCAAGAAUGGAGACCGGGACCCCAGCAGCAAGUCACACAGCAGGCGAGGGGCAAGCCACCGUGAGGAACAGGUGCCACCCUGUGGUAAGCCAGGUGGGGACAUCCUCGUCAAUGGGACCAAGAAAGCCGAAGCUGCCACUGAAGCCUGCCAGCUGCCAACAUCCUCCGGAGAUGCUGGGAGGGAGUCCAAGUCCAAUGCUGAGGAGUCUUCCUUGCAGAGACUGGAAGAACUGUUUAGGCGCUACAAGGAUGAGCGGGAGGAUGCAAUUUUGGAGGAAGGCAUGGAGCGCUUUUGCAAUGACCUGUGUGUCGACCCCACAGAAUUUCGAGUGCUGCUCUUGGCUUGGAAGUUCCAGGCUGCUACCAUGUGCAAAUUUACCAGGAAGGAGUUUUUUGAUGGCUGCAAAGCAAUAAGUGCAGACAGCAUUGACGGGAUCUGUGCACGGUUCCCUAGCCUCUUAAUAGAAGCCAAACAAGAGGAUAAAUUCAAGGAUCUCUACAGGUUUACAUUUCAGUUUGGCCUGGACUCUGAAGAAGGGCAGCGGUCACUGCAUCGGGAAAUAGCCAUUGCCCUGUGGAAACUAGUCUUUACCCAGAACAAUCCUCCUGUGUUGGACCAAUGGCUAAACUUCUUAACAGAGAACCCCUCGGGGAUCAAGGGCAUCUCCCGGGACACUUGGAACAUGUUCCUUAACUUCACUCAGGUGAUUGGCCCCGACCUCAGCAACUACAGUGAAGAUGAGGCCUGGCCAAGUCUCUUCGAUACCUUUGUGGAGUGGGAAAUGGAACGAAGGAAACGAGAAGGAGAAGGGAGAGGCACACUCAGCUCAGGGCCCGAGGGCUUGUGUCCCGAGGAGCAGACUUAAUGGCUCUGUUCCAGGAGCAGCAGCAAGGAUCUGCCUGCUGCCCUGCAGCCAAACGAGGAAUUGGACCUUUCUGGAAAUUACCGAAGAUCCGGAUAUUUUCUACUUUACACCUUUCUCUGCCUUGUAUCUGAAAGGGCUCUAAAAUGCUAUAUCAUGUUUUAGGCACUUUCUUCAUUUUUGGUUAUUUUGGUUAUUUCUUUUUUUGGGGGGGAAUCCCCCAAAAUAUUUGAACCUGGCUACAUGUUGUGUAUCUUCUUUUUUUGAAGCCUUCAGAUAGAAUAAGCCUGCCAUUUCUUGCACAAAUUUAGGUUUUUGGUUUUUUUGGUUUUUUGGGGGUGGGGGAGGGUGUAGAGCCGGGUGGGGAGAAUGGGACUGUUAGGUUGAAUUAACAUUACAAAAUGAUACAGUGCCAGAUCUCAGUUUUGCAUAUUGUUUUUCAGGGCAGGUCUGUACUGUGUGUAGUGCUGUUUACAUGGUUGAAGUUAGUUUGUAAUUAUUAUUUUUAAAGAUUUACCCAGAUUUGAUAGCAGUGUUAACUGUUAACCACAUUGCAUUAAUUUCCAGACAAUUGAGAGCUCUUGGAGAGCCAAGGCCAAUCAAGAGCAUUUGCAGUCUGGUGACAACCCCCUUUUAAGCUAAUUUAUCCAAAAUCCCUAUUUCCCUCACUUCUUGCUCAUUCCUUCUUUGACCUAUUGCAUUUCAUGUUGAGUUUAUCCAUCAACAUGCUGCACCUGUCAGUCAAGUGAGCAGUUUCAUUUUUUUUAGAACACAUUGUACUGAGAACCACUUAAGCGUUGAAUGCAGAGAAAGCAGUGCUACCUCAGUUUUGCUGGAAGUUGACUUCUUUGAUAGUUUUCUUUCUUUGAUGAAGUUUCUGUAUUUUCAUGUUUUAAGUGGAAAUACUUUGUUUUUCAUUUGUCUUGGAGCCAAAGUUUCUGUUCCUGGUGGUUGGAAGACUGUGCCUGCCGGCCAGCUGACUUGAAGGAAAACUGUGGUAUGGAGCUCUGCUUGAAUCUUUUUUUUUUUUUCCCUUUCUGAGUGUCAUCAGCUAGCUUACUUGUCUGGCAUGUGCAGAAGCCUGGGGCUGGUCUGAACUCUGCCAAACAAAUGUCAAAGUGUAUUUAAUAAAUGUGCCCUUUCCCUUCUUGCUGCACCCAUGUUGUCACUUAACCCCUAGGAGUUAUUUAUUAUCUUUUUGUUAAUGUCAGGCUCAUUUGGGGUAAUGUGAUGACUGUUUAGGUUUACAUGAUCCUCUUCUCCUUCCUCUACCCUCAAAUAUGUAUAUAUACAUAUAUUAAAUAUGUAUAUAUUUUACCUAUAUAAAAUAUAUAUAUACACACAUAUAUGUAUCUAUAUUUCUUUGUUUCUCUGCCUGCUAAACUGGCCAUAAAAGAGGGAGCUGCCUUCGAUAUUUAAAGUGUAAGUAAGAAGAGUGCCAGGGAACAUCAUAAUGGAGGCUUUCGUAUCUGAAUCUGACCAUUUUUACUACAGGAGAACAUGAAUUUGCCCACACCUUCCUUACAGGAUGGGGGCCUGUUGCCCACAUUGCUUGCUCCAUGUGGCCAGCUUUGGCCAUACUGCCAUUGGGGCCUGAGGAACUAACGGUGGUCCUAUCUGGUUUCAGUAGAGGGUCCUCUUGUUAUUUUUCCAUUAACAUAUAUAUCCUCAAAAGCUAUAUUGGAAGGUGGAUGGCAGGAGCUUGUAACAGUUCGGCUUCCAACACUUUGGAACAGAUUAAAGGGAAUCUUUUAAAUAAAAACUUAUAAAAAU